AUGUUCAAGAUUCUGGCCCUGAUUGCCUGCCUGGCCAUCGUCGCCUCGGCACAAUACCAUGGAGAACACGAGCACAAGGAGCAUUACGCUCACCCGAAGUACAAGUUCGAGUACGGCGUGAAGGAUCCCCACACUGGUGAUCAUAAGACACAGUGGGAAGAACGCGACGGAGAUGUCGUCAAAGGAGUCUACACCCUCCAUGAGGCUGAUGGAACCGAGCGCGUGGUUGAAUACAAAUCGGAUAGCCACAAUGGUUUCGAGGCAAACGUGAAGAAAGUUGGACAUGCUCAUCACCCGCAUGGUGCCAGCUAUGUCAACGUUGACAAACACUAUUGA